AUGGACGCAGUGCUAGCUAACCUCCCGCCCGUGACGAAAGGCUGGUGCAUAGCGACAAUCACCGCCUCGCUCCUCAUAGCCCUGCACAAAAUCAAGCACUCGAACCUCCUUUUUAUGCCCGGCCGCGCCUGGUCAACGCAGAACUGGCGCCUCAUCACCAGCUUCAUCACGUUUGGCCCGCUUUCGUUCGACUUGAUAUUCACGCUCUGGCAAAUCUCCUCGCGGUGCAGCAAGGUGGAAACGUCGUUCCAGACCACAGCCGCGCACAUGCCGCUCUCGGUAAUCGACAGCUUGAACGCACGCCAACGGCAAGUGUUGACCGCGUUCAUCCAUCGCAACAAGAGCUUGGAUUUCUUGUGGUUUUUCAUCCAGGUGAGCGCGAGUGUCUUGGUGGUGGCGACGGUGGUCCAUUACCGGUUCCAGGUGACGAUGUUGGAGUUGGGCCAGGUCUUGAUCCUGGCUCUCGUUUACAUCGAUUCGAAGUUGUCGCCGCAUGAACAGAUCAAUUUCUUUGGCGUGUUCCAGUUGAGCAAUCUGUAUUAUCCUUUUCUUUCGGCUGCGAUCACGUUGUUGCUGAGUAACGAGUGGGUGGAUACUGGACUGGAUAUCUUUGGUGCUGGCAAUGGUGCUGGUGUGGAUGGUGUGGGAGGUGUUGGCCGCGGGAUGUGGAAUACGGUGAAGAAAUGGGUUACUCAUCCCUUGAUGUACUAUUACUUGAUGAGUUACGGUUUGGGCCAUUUCUGGUGGUGCUGCCGAGAGUUUUUGCUUAGUUCACCCUUGCAUUACGAGGAGGACGAACGCAAGAGACAGCUACGGAGACAGACUUUGCUUAAAUAUGGUAUCAAGAAGUUUGAUCUCGUGAGAGAGGCCUUGGUUAUAUUGCUAUUGCCUCCUUGGUACUGGAUCAUCCUAUCCAAGAUCAAACAAGAUCGAAUGUGA